AUUGUGGAUCAAAUAUUAGUAGUUUAAAUUACGGGAUAAUAACCAGUCCGAAUUUUCCAAAUAAAUAUGAUGGCUCGGCAAGAAACUUAGCUAGUAAAAGUUGUAACUGGUUUAUAAAGGUUCGGCCAAAUCAACGGAUACUCUUAAACUUCGAGGUCUUCUCCGUAGAAGGUGAUCAAUUAGUACGAGGUUGUCCCGCAGCCGUGUUACGCAUGUGGUAUUCGUUAACGUCUGCUCCGCGUGAGCUCUGUGGUGUUAAAGAUCCCACUGCUAAAUGGGAUUUUCUUUCGGAAGAUAAUAAUAUGCGACUGAGUUUUAUAUCAGCUGAUAAAGCGGUAGGGCAACAGGGCUUUCGAGCUGUGUGGACCGAAGUGAGCACGAACACAGACUGCGAGAAUCAAUUUCUAUGCAGCAAAAGUAAAUACUGCAUCAACGAGUCGCUGCGGUGCAAUAACAUUGAUAAUUGCGGGCCAGAUGAUUCGUCGGACGAGGAGAACUGUAAGUUUCGCUAAGUUAAAAUGCAACGUGUAUUAACAGAAGCAUAGCAUUUCGAAAAGCGAUGUGAUUCGGUGUUUUACUUUGCUUCCAUUACGACUUAUAUUAUCUCUCUCUUUCUCUCUCUUUUCACUCUCUAUACGUGAACUAUAUUCUACUCUAUUAUUCAGUGUAAUCUUCCAUGGAUUGUUCAAUAGAUAUAUUCUACAAAGA